AUCAUCAACAACCCUAAUCAUUAAUCAUCUCUCCUCCAAAAAAAACCAAACUACAAAAAAAAAAAAAAAAAAUGCUGAGAUUAGCCUCGAAGAGACUCCUAGGGUUAGGGUUUGGGGAGGCCCUAUCAUCAUCUUCAGCAGCGAAGCUCCUCCUUCCGCGACUCUACCAUGAAAGGGUCGUCGAUCACUACAACAACCCUCGCAACGUUGGAUCAUUCGACAAGAACGAUCCCACGGUCGGAACCGGCCUUGUUGGUGCACCGGCUUGUGGCGAUGUGAUGAAGCUUCAGAUCAAGGUCGAUGACCAGACUGGGAAGAUUGUCGAUGCUUGCUUCAAGACCUUCGGUUGUGGAUCUGCUAUUGCUUCUUCUUCCGUAGCUACUGAAUGGGUAAAGGGGAGGCAGAUGGAAGAAGUUGUAACUAUUAAGAAUACGGAAAUUGCAAAACAUCUUUCUCUCCCACCAGUUAAGCUGCACUGCAGCAUGCUUGCUGAGGAUGCAAUAAAGGCUGCUGUCAAAGAUUAUGAAGCGAAGCAUGCAAAAUCAGGUGCCAGUUCAGAGGCUGCACCUGCUGAGAAAGCAACCAAUGCUUGAGAUGAUUAUGAAAAAAAAGGGGGGAUUUCUUUAGAAGCUUCUGUCUUUUGAUGUCGACACCUUGUGGUUAUAUUGUAAUAAAGCAUCUUACAUAUAAUUGCUUUAGAAGAUUAGUAUUUUUUCUUCUUUUUUGUUUUGUUUUAUUUUGUUCUGUUCUUUCCUUUAAUUCCUGGAUGUAAUUUGCCACUCUAAAACAACUUUCCUUUGUAGUGUAAACUAGCUAUUAUAGAUCAGAGACAAGUUUAUUAUCGGAUAUUCGUAGUUGUGUUA